UAUGGAAACCCAUGUGGGGACGACGGGUUUUCAAUUCAUAAAAUUAAACGGGAUAGAGACGCUUUUUGUGGCAAUUUGAUGAAAGAAGAAUGGGAAGAUAAUCUUGUUACUGAUAUUAAUUGGAUUGACUAAUUGACUCGUGUAAAGAAAGGAGUUUUUUUUAUCACAAUGUUGCGGCACUUCUCAACCAGAUGCUGCAAUUUGCUAUGGAAAAGGACAUUUUUGACAUCCAUGAACAAACCAGUCUUUGGUAUCAGACCUUAUAGAGAGUCCAUCCUUAUUAGUCACCUCUGUACAGGUAACCCUUUGAGGAAAGAUGGCUUCGGCAUCAAAGAAGAUCUACCCGGGGAAAAAGAAGCUCUAGAUCUGGACAAAUGGAAGUCUGUAAUGAGAUCCCAAGCUGCAUUCCAGGAGCAACAUCUGACCCGUGAAGUGGAAACAAGUGAGGAUGAUGGUGACCUGGAGGAUGCAGGUGAUGAUGUGAAGGGCAGCUCCUCACUGGAUGCAACUCGUGAAUUGGUUUCUAUGUGGCGGCAAGCUGGGAGGCUUGUACCUCAGGAGAUGACCGAGGAGGAGGUACAGACACUGACAGAUCUCACCACCAAGUCCUCCAGGAAAAAGUACCUCAAGUACCUGGCUAUCAAGGAGGGCCACAAACUGGCCCGCAAGGAGAAGCAGCAACAGAAGAAGGCUGACAGGGAGGCAUUGAUGAAGGAGAGCGAGAUGUUGGACAGCAGUACAGAGGUAGAAGGUGAUCAAGAUGGACACAAAAUAAAAAACACAAUGUUUCUCCAGUUCUGGGACCGCUCCCUGGACAAACUGCUGGCCUGGAGAACCGCCCAGGCAAUGCAGUUCGGUCAACCAAUUGUGUUUGACAUGAGCUACGAGUCAAACAUGUCCAGGCGGGAGAUGGAGAACACAGUGUCCCAACUGCUGGAGGUGGAAGGGUGGAACCGACGUGCAGUGGAGCCCUUUCACCUCCACUUUUGCAACCUGCAUCCAGGCGGGCUGUACAAGAAGGAGCUGCUGAAGCGGUACGGUGCAGAGACCUGGGACCGCCUGCUCAUCACCAGCACUGAGCAACAAUACAUCGAUGUGUUCCCCAGGGAAGAACUCGUGUACCUCACUGCAGACUCCCCCAACGUCCUCCACAGAUUUGACCACUCCAAGGUCUACAUUAUAGGAGCUCUGGUGGACAGGUCCAUCCAGUCUGGAUUGUCACUGGCCAACGCAAAGCGCUUAAAACUAACUACAGCUCGCUUACCGCUUGAUCAGUUUCUUUAUUGGGACAUGGGAGCCAAAAAUCUGACUCUGGAUCAGAUGAUUCGCAUCAUGCUAACAAUCAAAGAUACCGGGAAAUGGGAAGAAGCCCUACAAUUUGUGCCGAAGCGGAAACAUGACGGCUUCUAUCAAAAGCAGACAAAAACAGAGGUUUUAAAUAAUAGACCCAGAACUCUAAAAAACCAUAAACCGAGACAGAAUGCUGACGUGUUCCUGGACACUGAAGGAAAAGACACUGGGAGAAUAUUUAAGAAACAGACAAUGAACACAUUCAGUAAUGACAGAAUGACUGGAAAAAACAGUACCAGUAAAAGCUCACCUGCUGCAACUAAAUUACGUACAUCGUUCAAAAGCCACAUGGAAACCAGAAAAGCACCAGACAAGUCCAAGAUGUGGUGGCGUGAUAAAUGACAUUAAAAGCUGCAGUCAACAUGUAUGCUAGAAAGUAUCAACAUGUGAUGUGGAGAAACUGCUCUAACUUCCACUUUGUUUUCACGCAGGAUGUACAAAUGACAAUAUGAUUUAUUAAAAAAGGUAGAAACUG